UAAUGGCCAGUAAACAAGAGGUGUUUCCUGCCACUCCCAAGAAGAAAAUGAAACGUCGUGAAGUACCCAUUAGUCCUCCUCUGUGUAAGAGAAGGCUGACCUUGACGAUGCUGCCAGUGAUACUAGAAGAAGAGGGAAUAUCCCCAGCCGGGGACACAGCUGUGACCUUGGAAGGUGAUAACCCCAAGGACACAGCGAUGUCUGUGCUGGGAGAAGUGCCAGAUAACCGGCCCAUACCGAUGGAAAUCAAUAUCGAAAUAAGAGAUCAGUUAAAGAGGGAGAUUCGACAGUUUGGACAAAAAUAUGAUAGAGUCUACAAAUUGCUUGAAGGAGUGCAAGGGCCUCCAGAAGUGCAGAAAAGAAUGAUUUUAUAUGCCAUGAAUGAAGCAGCAAGAUUUAAAAGACAAGAAUUAAUAUGCCAUCUCAAGAACAAGCUAGAAAAACUAGAAUCUGGCCAUCUUCUCGAAGAAGAUAAUCCCACUCCAAAUUCAUAAUCCCACUGUUGAAAUGAUCAAUGAGAAACCAGAACCAGUUGGCUUCUCUAGAAUGAAAUUGAUAUUAUUGAUGCCUCCUGCACAUGUUAUUUAAAAUUGUCUUCAGGAGGCUAAGAAAAAGCGUUGGAACUUUAAUGUAACAAGUUUCUGUUAUUAAAAGCUGGGCAGUUGCCCUAAGUAUUUCACUUGAA